AAUAGUCUUCCGGCCGCGCUGCUGUUUCCGGGCGACCGUCUGGCGUGUGUAACUCGUUUAUAUGUCUCUUUAAAUUGUCACAUAAUAAUGAGCGAGGAAAUCGCACAGCAGGAAGAUGAAGUGAAAGAGGAGAAGAUUGCUCAUUUCACUACACCAGCGGUCCAAAACAACUCAACGGGAUGGGGUCCGUGCGAAAUGCCGGAUCAGUUCAAGGAUAUACCCUAUCAGCCAUUCUCUAAAGGCGAUAGGCUUGGCAAGAUAUCCGACUGGACUGGCGCAGCUUUUCAGGACAAAAAGUUUACGAAUAAGUAUGCUUCGCAAUUCGGCUCUGGUAGUCAAUAUGCCUAUUAUCAUGAAGAAGAUGAGUCAACGUUCCAUCUGGUUGAUACUACGCGGGUUCAGAAACCUCCCUAUCAGCGUGGUAGGUUCCGUCAGAACCAACGUAAUAUGAGGGGUCGUGGAGGGCAGCGAGGUGGUGUCAGCCAACUGCAGCAACUGGGUAGAAUCAAGCUGCGUGAACGCGAUCGCAAAGGACAACCCAAGCGAUGGGGACGUCAGCAAGGAUUUAGAAACCACAAAAAUCAACCGCCAAUCAAAAUUCGUGAUGCUUCUGUCACCGUUAGACCUGACUGGGUCACCAUUGAAGAGAUGGACUUUCCACGAUUGGCAAAGCUUUCAUUGCCAGGUGUCAAAGAUGUCGAGGAUAUUCUCUGUUGUGGUUCUCUGGAGUAUUAUGAUAAGGCUUAUGACAGAGUCAACGUCAAGAAUGAAAAACCUCUGCAACGUAUUGACCGUAUUUUCCAUACGGUUACAACCACCGAUGAUCCAAUAAUCCGUAAAUUGUCCAAGACCGAAGGAACAGUCUAUGCUACUGAUGCUAUUCUAGCAACAAUUAUGUGUUGCACCCGCAGCAACUACUCGUGGGAUAUUGUAAUCGAAAAGAUCGGAGAUAAAUUGUUCUUAGACAAACGUGAUAACACAGAGUUCGAUCUGUUGACUGUGAACGAGACGAGUGUCGAGCCUCCACAAGAUGACGGAAACUCUCUAAAUUCCCCAAGAAAUUUGGCUCUUGAAGCUACCUUCAUCAAUCACAAUUUCUCUCAGCAAGUUCUGAAAUCCAAUGAGCCCAGAUACAAAUUCGAAGAAGGAAAUCCUUUCAUUUCUGAAGAAGAAGAAGGUGACGUUGCCAGUGUCGCUUAUCGUUAUAGAAAAUGGGACUUGAAUAAUGGCGUGGUACUCGUCUGUCGGUGUGAACAUGACGCCGUAAUGCAAGGGCCGAAUAAUGAGCUACAAUUCCUUACCAUUAAAGCUCUGAACGAGUGGGACUCAAAACUGGCGAAUGGAGUCGAAUGGCGCCAAAAGUUAGAUACUCAGCGAGGUGCAGUGUUGGCUAACGAGUUGAGAAAUAACGCUUGCAAGCUUGCCAAAUGGACAGUGCAGGCUUUGCUCGCAGGCUCUGAUCAGCUGAAAUUCGGAUACGUCUCACGAGCCAUGGUCCGUGAUUCGAGUAAACACGUUAUUCUGGGAACACAGCAGUACAAGCCAAAUGAGUUUGCCACGCAGAUUAAUCUGAACAUGGAUAAUGCCUGGGGUAUUUUACGCUGCAUCAUCGAUAUCUGCAUGAAGCAGAAAGAUGGAAAAUUCUUAAUCAUGAAGGAUCCAAACAAGCCCAUGAUCCGGCUUUACGAUAUUCCAGAUAAUACUUUUGAGAGUGAAGGUGAAGAAGAUGAAGAUGAUGAUGAGCCAGGAAAUGAUGCUUUUCAGAGUUAACUGCGAACUCCAGAGUCUCAUUUUCCGCUUACCAAUUCAGUUUCUUUUGCAAAACCGAGCCGCAACUUUGACUACCUUUUGUAUCAGAUAACUUCAGACUUCUGCCUCAGACGUUUCAGUAAUACAAGUACGAAUUUCAUCAUCUGUAUCUCUCCGUAAGGCCCAAGGUUUCGAAAGGAAAUAAUAAAAGAUCAUAAACAGAUUAAA